UGCCGUUCUGUCGCAUUGGUCCUUCGGUUACGGGGCGCACUCAGCAAACAAUCAUUUUCGGCAGCACUACUUAGUGAGAUCAACUACACUUCUAGCACUUGUCGAGAUUUCUGUUGAGUAUUUCUUCAGUUCAAGUUCAACUCGGGGCUUGACAUAUACAAUUCUUCAAACACAUCACUACGUCAUACGCCAGACUGCAGCCAUGGCUUUUUCAACCGACAAGAAGCCACCAGCAACACCAACUCCACGCUCCAUCGUCCCCGACGCCAACACCUUCGACCCCAGCCUUCCCGCCUCCAAGUCAGGCGCCGGCGCCAGUAACACCACCACCUCCUCCUCCGAUACCCAACCCAAUUGUCCCUUCUGCCACAUCUCCUCAACUUUUCCCCCCUACCCCCCUACCUCCCCUCCUUCUCCCUUCCCCCCUUCCACCUCCACCUCCCCCCAACCACAAACCUUCCUCCUCCUCUCCACCCCCCUCCUGAUCGCCUUCCUCGACAUCAUGCCCCUCUCCCCGGGCCAUCUCUUACUCUGCCCCCGCCGGCACGCCGCCAAACUCACCGACGUGCUUCCCGAUGAAGCCGCCGAAUUGGGGCGCUACCUACGGAUCCUCUCGGAAGCGGUGACGCGGGCGACGGGGAUUAAAGACUGGAACGUGGUCCAGAACAACGGGAUUGCCGCUGCGCAGGUUGUUGAGCAUAUGCAUUUUCAUAUCAUUCCUAGGCCGGGGCUGAGGGAGGCUGAGAGGUUUACGAGUACCAUGUUUGGGAGGGGGAAAAGGGAGGAUCUGGAUGAGGACGAGGGGGAGGAGUUGGCGAGGAGGAUGAGGGGGUUUGUGACGGAGGUGGUUAGGGAGGAGGAGGAGGAGAGGGGGCUAAGGGAGAAAGCGAAGCUGUAGGCCUGGCUGGCUUUGGCUUCGUUUUGGGACUUUGUUGGGUUAUAAUCGGGCGAUGAAAUCUCUGUGGUCUUUGCUUGGCCUGAGGGUCUGGCGUGGAGUUCGUACUCUUGUGGUACAUACCAAGUCAAUGAUGUGAGCGGGUUAGCGGGGUUGGUCGGGAGGGAUGUCACAGAUGUGUGGUCACGGAGCAUAGCCAGUUAUUAAUCUCGAGCGAGCAUUUUCUGAUGUCAUUAUUCAUUAUUUUUCAUCUAUGGG